AUGUCGCCCACGUACACCAUGUCGGCACACCUGUGCAAGCAGAUAUACGCCUCUUGGCGACAGACGCGGCAGUCCUCGCCGGACCCGAGCCCGUUGCCGUCUCCGCCCACUAGCAAUACGCCAGGCUCGUACUUCCAGCGCUCGCCGUCGCCCGAGAAGCAGUCCAUGGACAACGACCGCAGCGACUCGCCCUCGAACCCGCCCACUUCUCAGCAGCCGUCAAACUCCAGCUGGAAAUGGGGCUCUCGCUAG